UAGUUUCAAGCUGUGAAGUUCAUUUAAGAAAAAGGAGAACAAAUUCAAUUAAAAUUUUUUUUUCUUUUUGAGCUGUGAGUUUUAUUUCAAAAUGCCGAGACUUUUCCUGAGCAAAGAGGAACGCUUGCAAAAACGCAAAGAAGCCCGUGCCUAUGAUAUAACCAAGCUGGAAGCAAUGCUAAAACUUGAUGAAGAAGCUGACACUGCUGCAGCUGCUAAGCCGAUUGAGAGCGUGGCCAAUAAAGAAAAUAAAGCGGAGCUCACCUUCCACUAUGGCAACCGUUCGCCGAGCGACGACUGGCUCAAGAGCGACGAUAUACCCAUCCUGGUGCGUCGCCAGUGGGAGGAGCGCAACGGUCGCCAGCUGAUGGACCUGCAGCCGGAGGACGCCAACGAGAACGGGGAGUUCAGCCACACCGUCUGGGAGAUGGAAAAGCCGGGCCAGAGCCAAGAGCCAGGCAAGAAGAAGAACGGCGCCAAAAUCGGCUACAUCAAGGUAACCAAGGGCGACAAGCGGGUCUAUCUCAAGGACAAGCAGGGUCCCAAGCAGGACCCACAGCAGCCUUCGGCCAACGACGAUCCACCGCAAACCAAACGAAUUACACGACGCACCAAGCAGAAGGGAGAACAGUUUCCGUGCACCGAUUGCGACAAAGUCUUCAACCACUCGUGGAUGCUGGUGGCCCACCAGCGCACACACACGGGCGAGCGUCCAUACGUCUGCCCAGAGCCAAAGUGCCUGAAAUCAUUCGCCGAUCGCUCAAACUUGCGUUCGCAUCAGCGCACCAAGGGACAUCACACCUGGGACCAUCAGUGCGGCCAGUGUGGCAAGUACUUCAAUCAGGAGAACUUCCUACAGCGUCACACACUGGACGCCUGUCGCAAGUAUUUGUUGAACUUUACACACAAGAAGACAUAAAGGAGGGAGCAUAGAAAAUAAAGGGGGGGAAUUGUAAUAAAGGGGGAAUUAGAAUUAUAGGGGAAUUCUGUUGCGCAGCAAUUUGCCAAAUUUUUAAAACAUUUUACUCUGUACACGUUAUACAAAAAUGCUGCGUGUGCCAUUAAUAUUAUACCUAUUCUUAUGGGAGGCCUACCAAGGUUUACCUUGUUUUGUGCCGUGCCUGUGUGCUUUGUGGUUUACCCGUUCCACUUACUGUUCAUCAGAACUUCAAUACCAUGCAGCUGCUUUGCUACCCACUCCAUUCCAUGUCCAUUGCAUUAUACUUCGCCCACAGCCUGUUGUUCCAGGCAUCCAUUUUCCAAAGGCCGCAUCCACUUAGCAUUUCAAAGCAAAGCGCCUCAGCCUGUGCAAAAAGCAUUUGGCCAAGUUUCAAGUGCGUGGCCCAGACACACACGCCCCAUGCAAUUGCGUUCAAUGCAACUAAAUUGGCUCAUUAGCAAACAAAGUGAGACGCGAGAAGCAGAGAGACGAAGAGAAAGGAAGAGAGACA